AUGACUACUGAUGAAGGUGCCAAAAACAAUGGAGAAAACCCAGCAGCAGCUGUUGCCGAACAGGGAGAGGAUAUUACCUCCAAAAAAGACAGAGGAGUACUAAAGAUUGUCAAAAGAGUGGGGAAUAGUGAGGAAACACCAAUGAUCGGAGAUAAAGUUUAUGUCCAUUACAAUGGAAAAUUGUCAAAUGGAAAGAAGUUUGAUUCCAGUCAUGAUAGAAAUGAACCAUUUGUCUUUAAUCUUGGCAAAGGCCAAGUUAUCAAGGCAUGGGACAUUGGAGUGGCUACCAUGAAGAAAGGAGAGAUAUGUCAUUUACUGUGCAAGCCAGAAUAUGCAUAUGGCUCAGCUGGCAGUGUCCCCAAAAUUCCCUCGAAUGCAACUCUCUUUUUUGAGAUCGAGCUCCUUGAUUUCAAAGGAGAGGAUUUAUUUGAAGAUGGAGGAAUUAUCCGAAGAAUCAAACAGAAAGGAGAAGGCUAUUCAAACCCAAACGAGGGAGCCACAGUAGAAAUCCACCUGGAAGGCCGCUGUGGUGAAAGGAUUUUUGAUUGCAGAGAUGUGGUUUUCAUUGUUGGCGAAGGAGAAGACCACGACAUUCCAAUCGGAAUUGACAAAGCCCUGGAGAAAAUGCAGCGGGAAGAACAAUGUAUUUUAUGUCUUGGACCACGAUAUGGUUUUGGAGAGGCAGGGAAGCCUAAAUUUGGCAUUGAACCUAAUGCUGAGCUUAUAUAUGAAGUUACACUUAAGAGCUUCGAAAAGGCCAAAGAAUCCUGGGAGAUGGACACCAAAGAAAAGCUGGAGCAGGCUGCCAUCGUCAAGGAGAAGGGGACUGUGUACUUCAAGGGAGGCAAGUACCUACAGGCGGUCAUUCAGUACGGGAAGAUUGUGUCCUGGCUCGAGAUGGAAUACGGCCUGUCCGAAAAGGAAUCAAAAGCUUCCGAGUCGUUCCUGCUCGCUGCCUUCCUGAACCUGGCCAUGUGCUACCUGAAGCUCCGAGAAUACACCAAAGCCGUGGAGUGCUGCGACAAGGCCCUGGGACUAGACAGUGCCAACGAGAAAGGCUUGUACCGGAGGGGGGAAGCCCAGCUGCUCAUGAACGAGUUCGAGUCAGCCAAGGGCGACUUUGAGAAGGUGCUGGCAGUCAACCCCCAGAACAAGGCCGCGCGGCUGCAGAUCUCCCUGUGCCAGAAGAAGGCGAAGGAGCACAACGAGCGGGACCGCAGGGUCUACGCCAACAUGUUCGCCAAGUUUGCGGAGCGGGACGCCAAGGAGGCCAGUAAAGCCACGGGCCAGAAGACUUUAGGAGGGGUCGCCAACGAAAAAGAAACAGCAAGCCAAGCAGUGGAAGAAGAGAGAGCCAGAGGCCACGUAUGA